AUGGCAAAAGCCAUACCCGAUUUCGAACCAUUUAUAGUUUAUGGGAACGACACUUCAAGUUCUUCUAUUGCCACUCGCUGGAAAAAAUGGUUGCAACGUUUUAACAAUCUUAUGGUCGCUAUGGAUAUAUCGGCAAAGAAACGGAAACGUGCUUUACUUAUACACUUGGCUGGAUCACAAGUUUACGAUAUCUUUGACACAUUUACCGCCGAACAGAAAGGUUCUGAGGAUGAUUUUGACACCGCUGUGAAAUCACUUACAACUUAUUUCGAGCCUAAAAAGAAUACGGAGUAUGAAAUCUACAAAUUUCGCCAAGCUAGCCAACGCCAUGACGAAAAGCUCGAUUCUUACCACACUCGCCUUCGACACCUUGCUUCCACGUGUGAAUUUGCAGACAUGGAUCGCGAAAUUAAAACACAAAUUGUCCAAACGUGCACGUCCCAACAGCUUCGACGAAAAGCCCUUCGUACUGAAAUGACUCUCCAACAACUUUUAGAUCAAGGCCGAGCCUACGAACUAUCACACCAACAAGCUCAGGAAAUGGAAAAUAACAACACAGAAUCAGUCAACCAGAUGAAAACUGCUGCAACACGAAAUUACUUUUCGAAGAACUUCAACUCACAACGUCAAGGACCAAGACAAGAAUCAACGAAACUAUGUUAUUUUUGCAGCAAACCCUAUCCUCAUCCUGGCGUAUGUCCAGCAAAAGGGAAAACGUGUCGACUUUGCGGGAAAUUGAAUCACUUUGCCGUCGCAUGCCGUUCAUCUCCACAAAAACAACAACAUCGCCACCAUGAAAGUGACAAACGUCAGACGGUUAAAUAUGUAAACGAAGAAAACGCAAGUGACAAUACCAGUGAACACUCCGAGUCGGAUGAAUAUACGUUUAUGGUGCAAGAUACAGACGAAAAUACCAAACAUCCAAUGGCUAACUUACGGAUUCAAAACCUAGCCAAAGUUAAAUUCAUUAUUGACACUGGAGCGACAGUUAAUUUACUCGAAGAAAAGGAUUUUGAAGCCCUCAAACCGGAAAUAACAUUGCAACACAGUUCUAUCAACAUCUACCCCUACAAGUCCGAUAAACCCCUCCGUGUCCUUGGAAAGUUUACUGCUACUGUAGAAUCGCGGAAACGAAUUGAUGCUGCCGAGUUUUUUGUCGUUAGCAACAACGGUUGCCUUGGAGGUUCUUUGUUAUCCUACAAUACUGCAAAGCAUCUUGGUUUGAUUGCAAUUACUAACGCUGUGGACACUGCUAAGAACACAACUGUAUCCUGCAAUGUUGCAAUACCUGAGGAAUUAUUCAAUGGCGUUGGAAAAUUAAAAGAUCAUAAGGUGAAGCUACAUAUUGACGAAUCAAUUCCACCCGUUGCUCAAACCCAUCGGCGGAUACCAUUCCAUCUACGGAAACAGGUGGAGAAAAAGCUUGAAGAGAUGGAAAAGGAUGACAUCAUCGAGAAAACAGAAGGUCCAACGCCCUGGGUUUCUCCAAUCGUUGUGCCGAAACCCAAAAGUCCAAACGAUGUUAGAAUUUGUGUGGAUAUGCGGGCUGUCAACAAGGCAAUCCAGCGAGAACGUCACAUAACCCCCACCAUAGAUGACGUCAUAGCAGAUCUAAAUGACGCUAAAGUAUUUUCAAAGCUUGACCUCAAUCAAGGUUAUCACCAACUUGAACUCUCAGAAGAAUCACGCUAUAUUACCACGUUUAGCACCCAUGUCGGCCUGAGGAGAUAUAAGCGCCUUAAUUUCGAAGUAACCUCUGCAGCUGAAAUUUUCCAAAAUACUAUUCGAGAAACUCUUGAAGGUCUCAACGGCUGUAUUAACAUCAGUGAUGACAUCUUAGUCUAUGGAUCCAACCAAAAAGAACAUGACAACAACCUUAAAUCUGUAUUGGAACGUCUUCAGUCUCGUAACCUAACAUUAAAUAAGCUGAAGUGUGAAUUCAACAAAACCAGCGUUGAAUAUUUUGGAUAUGUAUUCUCAUCGCAGGGCAUUUCACCUGACCCUCGCAAACUCUAUACGCAACUCCCAACCUCCAUCCAAUCCAAACGAAGUCCGAAGUUUUCUAGGUAUGGUCAACUUUUGUGCCCGAUUCAUCCCAAACCUUGCGACACUAGCUAA